GUGAGCUAGUCGCACCGCCGUCAGCUCUACACAGCGUCUCCCCCUCCCACCUCCCUCUUCCUCGGCCUAAUCCCCGUCAUCCUCUGCCUCACCCCUAUCCUCCCGCUUCUUGUGGGACCCAAACACCGCCAUGUCUCUCUUGGCGUCUCCCGCCCCCUUCCUCCUCCUGCUCCUCCUCUUCCUCCUCCCACUCCCUCCUUGCCAGUCGGAGUCCCAGCGCAGCGACCCCAGCAGCGUCCCCAGCAGCGUCCCCGAGUCCCGGGCGGUCUCGCCCUCCAUGUUCCCCUCCUCCUUCCCACCCUCCAUGUCUUAUAGUAACAACACAACGACUGGCAAAAAGGAGAAGUGCAAGGAAGUGUCAGUGUGUAGGCCCGGCAUCCUGCUGCCCGUCUGGCAGCCCAACCGGCCCGGGCUCGGAGACCAGGUGGCCAGAGCUGUGGUCUACUUUGUGUCCCUCAUAUACAUGUUCCUGGGAGUGUCCAUCAUCGCAGACCGCUUCAUGGCGUCCAUAGAGGUCAUCACGUCACAGGAGAAGGAGGUGACCAUCACCAUGCCUAACGGCGAAACAUCAGUGGCUACUGUUCGAAUCUGGAACGAAACAGUGUCCAAUCUGACGCUCAUGGCCCUCGGCUCCAGCGCUCCAGAGAUACUGCUGUCUGUUAUUGAGGUGUGCGGUCACGACUUCAAUGCCGGUGAGCUGGGACCAGGAACCAUUGUUGGCAGCGCCGCCUUUAACAUGUUUGUGAUCAUUGGGAUCUGCGUGUGGACAAUCCCUGAAGGCGAGAGCCGCAAGAUCAAACACCUGCGGGUGUUCUUCAUCACCGCCUUCUGGAGCAUCUUCGCCUACAUCUGGCUCUACCUCAUCCUGUCUGUGAUGUCGCCCGGCGUCGUGGAGGUUUGGGAGGCCCUGGUGACCCUCCUGUACUUUCCAGUCUGCGUCAUCCUGGCUUGGAUCGCAGAUCGCCGCCUUCUCUUCUACAAGUACAUGGGCAAGCGUUACCGUGCCGACAAGCGCCACGGCAUUGUUGUGGAGACCGAGGGAGACUUGACACCAAAUAAGGGCGGCAUGGAGAUGAUCGCAGACGGCAAGUUCCCACCGCGAGGGGGCGUCGUGGUUCCUGCCGAGAACUGUGGGGGCGGAACUCAGGACGGCCCAGCGGGCGCUGCGGCCAAUAACAUUGGAGCAGGCGGCAACCUGCCCAACUCCAACAGCGCAAUGGUGAAUGUGGAGAGCAGCAAGGAGCUGGACGAGAGCCGCAAAGAGGUGAUUCGUAUCCUGAAGGAGCUGAAGCAGAAAUAUCCUGACAAGGAGCUGGACCAGCUGGUGGAGCUGGCCAACUACUACGCACUGCUGCACCAACAGAAGAGCAGAGCCUUUUACCGUAUACAGGCGACUCGUAUGAUGAUCGGAGCUGGAAACGUCCUGAAGAAGCACGCAGCUGACCACGCUCGCCGCACAGUCAUUACUGAUGAGGAAGCACCAGAAGAAGAAGACCUGGGGAUCUGCAGCCGCAUCUCCUUUGAACGCGCCCACAGUCAGUGUAUGGAGAACUGUGGCAUCCUCACACUUGCUGUCGUCUGCCAAGGGGGUCUGGGAGAGAACACCUUCUACGUGGACUACAGGACAGAGGACGGUUCAGCCAACGCCGGGUCAGAUUACGAGUACAGCGAAGGAACACUGGUGUUCAAACCUGGAGAGACCUGCAAAGAGAUCAAGGUCGGCAUCAUCGAUGAUGACAUAUUCGAAGAGGAUGAGCACUUCUUUGUGCGCCUGCUGAAUCUGCGUGUUGGUGACGCUGAAGGGAUGUUCGAGAGCGACGAAGUGGGUGCCACCCCCAAAGCUCGCUUGGUCGAGCCCCUGGUUGCUACAGUGACCAUCCUAGAUGACGACCACGCUGGUAUCUUCACAUUCAGUGAGCGCAUGGUGCGGGUGAGCGAGAGCGUGGGCACCAUGGAGGUGACGGUGGUGCGCAACUCAGGUGCUCGCGGCACUGUCAUCCUGCCAUACCACACUGAGUCAGGCACCGCCAAGGCUGGGCAGGACUUUGAGGAUGCCCGAGGAGAGCUGGAGUUUACCAACGACCAGACCACUCAAACUUUCCAGGUGCGGAUAAUUGAUGAUGAAGAAUAUGAAAAACAUGAAAACUUCUUCAUCGUGUUGGAGGAGCCGCGUUGGCUCAAGAGAGGAAUUUCAGCUCUGCUGCUGAACCAAGAGGGGGUGGAGGGGCAGAUGAGUGCUGAGGAGGAGGAGGCCCGCAGGAUAGCUGAGAUGGGGAAGCCCAUCCUGGGAGAGCACAGCCGUCUGGAGGUGGUCAUCGAGGAGUCGUAUGAGUUCAAGAGCACCGUUGACAAGCUCAUUAAGAAGACCAACUUGGCGCUGGUGAUCAGCACACACUCCUGGAGGGAGCAGUUUGUGGAGGCAGUCACUGUCAGUGCAGGUGAUGGCGAUGAUGACGAGGAGGGUCGUGAGGAACGCCUUCCAUCCUGUUACGACUAUGUCAUGCAUUUCGUCACUGUCUUCUGGAAGGUUCUGUUUGCCUGCGUCCCUCCCACGGAGUACUGGAACGGCUGGGCCUGCUUCUUAGUCUCCAUCAGCGUCAUCGGCCUCCUCACCGCCAUCAUCGGAGAUUUGGCGUCACACUUUGGCUGCACUGUGGGGCUCCGGGACACCGUGACCGCUGUGGUGUUUGUGGCAUUGGGAACUUCUAUUCCAGACACCUUUGCAAGCAAAGUGGCUGCCAUACAGGACCAGCAUGCCGACGCAUCUGUCGGUAAUGUCACUGGUAGCAACGCCGUCAACGUGUUCCUCGGGAUCGGGGUGGCGUGGUCAGUGGCCGCCAUCUACUGGAGAAUCAAAGGGAAGGAGUUCAAGGUGGACCCGGGGUCGUUGGCCUUCUCUGUGACGCUCUUCACCAUCUUCGCUUUCAUCUGCAUGGGCGUGCUCCUGUUCAGACGCCGGCCCUCCAUCGGCGGGGAGCUCGGCGGCCCCAAGGGGGCCCGCCUUGUGACCAGCCUGCUGUUCCUAGGCCUGUGGUUCCUCUACAUCCUCUUCUCCAGCUUGGAGGCCUACUGCCACAUCAACGGCUUUUAAAAAGGAGACGGAGAGAAGAAUAUUGCACACACACAUCAGCACUCAGUCCAUACAGUACACAGUCGACAUGAAACAUCUGAUUGAUAGGGCUCACUGCGGCCUGGAGGUGUCCUGGUCUUUGAUGCAGGGAUACUAAAACAUACACACACACACACACACACACACACACACACUUCAUGUACGCAUGUGUAAGCUGAUCAUAACACACGCACAGUUACAGGCAGGCUGAAGGGCGAGAGGAAGUGUUAGUGAGGGGCGAGGAGUGUGAAUACAAGAUGAAAAGUUAGCAGAGAAAAAGAAGUUGUGUAAAAGAAAGAGAUGUUGAAAAUUUUAGAGGUGAAAAGAAGGUCAGGUGAGUUUGUGCUGGAGAGAAGGAGUUGUCCUGUAGGAUCAGAUGACAGAAACCUGUGCACACUGAACUAAAUGUAUCCAUCUGAGCUGCAUUGAAGGACCUUUGUUUCCCUCCCGCCUCUCCUCUGCAUCACCUUCUUUACUGGUACAGCUUCACUGAGGAGGAGGAGGAGGGGCGCCGUGUGAAAACAGGAGUGAAAUGUUUACAAUAACAGUUUGUUUACUCCAGGAGGUUCUAAUAAAGUGGGCGUUUACUACACUGUAUAGAUAAAGGCGGUUCUCCACACGCGCUGUAAAUAGUAAAAACCAGUGCACUGUACAUACAGAGUGUCGUGUUUUCAGUAGGCAGACGACGCCUACCGCUGAAGUUAGAGGUGGUGGGGAUACGUAGCUACUACUGUUACAUUACAGCGAAAAGAAAAGGAAAUACAAGUUCUCUGCUUCAUUGUUUUUAAAUCCAUACUUCCCCAGCAUCCAGUCAGAUAUGUCUCUUAACAAGAUGGUUUCCAUAAUUUUUCUGCAUGUAUAGCGAGAUACGGAGCAUCUUCCAACAAUAAGUCAUAGAUAUACUAAAGGGAAUGAUGAGAAUCCACCUGUAAAUGACAUCAUUUGUGCGUCAGCUGGUCCUCAAUGUUAGAUCAUCCUGUGUGUGUAGGCAGACAGGAUGGAGGAGGAGAGGCGUUUGGUCCGAGAGGAACAGAAAGGGACAUUUUCCUCCUCAGAAGGACCAAAUAUGUUCCCUGACACACUCACUGUGUGGAGUGUGAUCGAAACACAUGCAGAAAUUUUGUUCGAGGCUUUUCGCUUCUUUCAGAUGGACUGAGAUCUCAGCGCAGACACUGAGUGACAGUCUGUCAUCACUGUGUCAUUGUGGGUAGUGACAGACUAAUCCUGUACUGUGGCAUGUCCCCUGACAGACUAAUCCUUUAGCUUUAGUGACAGACAAAAAUGCAUGGACAGUCAAACAACAGUGUUAGUUUACUUUCAAGAGUGAAGCCUCUAAAGCUGGUCGAUUACAGCUCAUUUACAAACAUUCAGUCAGCAGCAGAUUGAUCAGGACGACAGAUCCUGACCUACACUUUAUUUAGGAUGCAGGUUGCCUGUCAAUACCACGCUGAUGCUUCAAGAUGGCACCCAUAUGAUGCCUUAAAGAAAACUCUUAAAGUCUAGUAUUCAAGCUUUCAGCUGUACAAAGCUGCACUUUAUUUGAUGUUGCUAAAACAUACUGUGCUUUUUUAUUUUUAGUCAACAAACUAUAAGUGUGCAACUACUUAAGCUCCCACUGGCUCAGCUGAUAAAUGCUACGCUGGAUCCAGGUGUCUUCUCCUGUGGGACAACCCAGUCACCAAAAUAAUGUUGCCGUUGUGCAUUUAAGCCAAACACGGAUACGUUACAUUUGCAGGUUAUUAUGUGGCAGAUAUGUUCAACAGCGCUGUGGUUAACGUGUGGUUAUUUCUAAGCACAAAACCCACUUAGUUAUGGUAAGAAAAGAUCGUGUUUAGGCUUAAAAGAACUGUUUUGGGGCUAAGAAGAUUCUGGAAACACAGCAGUGACUUUCUAAGACGCGGCCAGUUUUGUAGUUUUGAACAGUUGUUAGCAGGGGUUUGUGGUUUGGCAGAAAAGUUAAAUGUAUGAAACGUGCAAAUGUAAUGUAUUCGUGUUUUGCAGGAACGUACAAUGCCACUAUUUUCUUCUGGCAACUAGACUGUGUGGGAAGGGAUUCUUUUAAUUUGCCCACCCAUCCUUGCUUAGAGCGCAGGACAAGUACCAGACAAGCUAAAAAUGACCUUCUAUUUUAAUGGAAAGUCUGACAAGGUCUAUCAUCUAUUGUUCUUCAGACUUUGUACAAUCUGUAGGUCAUAAUAGAGAAAGGUAACAAAGGUAGCGAGAUGUGAUCAACAGCAGGUGAUGCUUCGCUUUGCAGACAGCUGAGUGUCACGAAAGGUUUAAAUCGACAGUUUCUAUAGUCGUAGUAGCAUAUCAUGGGCUGUUUUCAGUAUAAAUACAUUAGGAAACACUGCCCUUUAAGGCAUGUAUGUGUUACUUGGUAUUGCAUGACAGAUUUGGAACAUACAGUAAAAUGUUCACAAGCUACUGAAACUGCUGGCUGCUGGAGCACACAACUAGAGAUGCGUAAACAAGUGAAAACUGAAGUGGCAUUUCAGGAUUAUUAAUUGAGAUACAUAAAGCAGAGACGUAAUAGAAAAUAUCUCAGCAAAUACAGCGAGCAACAUCACAAUAAAGUACUUAACUGUAAGCUAAGAGAAGAAGCAUUGAGAUUCCAGCGUCCUUUGAUUCAGUCAGCAUUUUUACUGCUGUAAAACUCACUGCCUAAUAUCAGUCACAUUAAAUAUGUUGCUUUUUGUGCUGCUGGACAAACAUUUCACCCAUAAAUGAAAAGUGCUAUACAAGUGGAAUUACACACGAAAAUAUUAGAAAGAUUCGAUUACCCUUAUCUAACUAUACUUUGUAAACUUUCUAAAACCGAUUUUGUAUCUUUUCCUUGCAGCUAUAGCCAGGGUAGAUUUUUUUGUACUUCUAAACAAUGUUUAGAGUAGUAUCAAUAUUUACAAUUGGUAGUGUAGAUGACAUCGUUACAGAAUUUAGUGGAUAAGAUUUUGAUAUAUUUUCCACUGCGAGGAAGCUCCCCUUUGACAAACAGUGUAGUGUAUCAUAACCAUAAUUUACCGAGGUACGUUUGUGUCUGUGUUAUGUAUAAGAUAAUUUAUUUAGAUAUUUAUUUAUUUACAAGAAGAUUAUUUAUCUAUGGAUAAGCUGUGCCGCAGGUCCUUGAGGCGAACAGUUUGGAGUUUAGUUCAAGGGUUUCAAUGUGCAAUACAGAAAACACAUUUCAUUAGUAGAUUUGACUAGAAGUCAUUUCACAUUUCUGCUCCAGUGUUCACUGUAACCAUAGACUGUAUAUAAAGACGGACGACGGGCUCCCAUUUACCCCCUCUAUGCUUAAUAUUAUACAGAUACAGGUGCUGCCAUCUUGCGCUGGUGAAGUCAUUCGGUGCUAGAGUCUGCGCAGCAGUGAUAUCGGCAUUGGGGGUGUUCCUGCCAAAACACCUGUCCGACCAAUUGCGAGCAGUGUCACUGAAUGCGAGUAGGGGUUGACAGAUAUUGGUUUUUCAGGGCUGAUACCUAGUUUUUAGUUCAGCCUGUUUCCCAUUCACUAACAUAGAGGGGCGGGCUUUAUGACCUAUACUGCAGACAGACACAAGAGGGCGAUCCAGCUUGAAAAGUGUCACUUUGAAGCAGCUGUCGUGUUGUCCAUGUGUAUAUAUACAGUCUAUGGUUGUAACCAUCCACCAACGUAAAUUUCUUCAUUCAGUUCUCUUGUAGGAGGAGUUUUGAGUGUAAGUAGCAUGUUUACAUGAAGAAACAGUGUGGAACAUUGCCAGUAUAAUUGUCAAUCUUGGGUCGUCAUGAGCUAAAGACCGACUUUUUGUGGAUGUCAGUGCUGGCUGUGGGGCCAAGAUCACACACAAACACACACACACAAACACACACACACACACAGACACACACACAGGUCUGCUGUGUAAUCUCUGACUGGGUGAUCGGCACCAGCGGGUACAGGAAGUAUUGUACCCAGCGUUGUCCCAGCAGGCGUGGCUCAGCGCCCAGAAAAAGAACUGUCUACAAUGUCCGGACAAUGUUCCAUGUUUCCAUGAACUUCUGUACUAACUGUCGGGCUGCGGCCAUUGCUGUUCUGUAGCUAGAUGUGAUGCCUCCCCAUCCAGCCUCUCCUCCUCACCCACCCCUCCCCCAGUGUGUGUCUGUGUCCCCCUCCGUGUCCCUCUACAGAUGCAUGAUGAAUCCCCGUGUUUGUGUGUUAGCAGCAUGGUCUACUGUGAUGGACGCCUAUAGGCAUAUUUUACCCGUCGGGGUGAUUCCCCACAGUUUGAAUCCCAAACACCAGAUGCUCUCUGUGAAAUAAAGUGAGGAAGUGGCACACGCAGACACAACCACAACUCCAUCCUGAAGAGAAGCACAGCCCCAAUCCUGAAAAAGUCAGGACGAUGUGUAAAACAAAACAGAAUGCAGUGAUUUGCAAAUCCUUU